AGGAGAUGUGAGGGGAAAGGAGGGGUGAUCCUGCGGCAAGGUACUGCGCGGCUUCAGUUCUCGGGGUAGCGCGUCGGCGGUAGGUCAGUACUACCAAAUCGCGCCACGCCACGCGUCUUUUGUGCCGCUUGUGAAGUUUAUAUCAUGAGGCAAAGUGUGAUGGUCCAGGGUCCAGUUGAGAUGGAAAAAUUAGCAGAACUAGGUCCAGUUAUAGUUGAAGGCUCAACAGAAAGGCAAACUAGGGACUAGGGCAGUUUGCUGAAAUGUAAGUGCAUUUAGGGUUUUCUUAUUGGUGUAGGGUUUUCAGCCGAACAGAGCGAGAGAUGAGAGAUUGAUAAACCUACUGGCUGUAUAAGGUUCAACUCCCUUAUACAACCAGUUUGUUAGUGUGAAUUGAGACAUUUGGC